AGCAAUUGAUUUCUCCUCUGUGUGAGACGGCGGAAUUCUGUAACAGAAAGAAAGAAAAGCACGCAAUACACCCUACGGCGUCUACCACGCGAACUUUACCUAUGCUGCGCACUUCACCACGACGGACUCUGCGCCUGCGCGGGACGCUGUCGCUGACUCCGUGUUCCACGGCCUUUCGCAACGUCAGUUCUCUUCUUCGCAGUCCACCCUCUGCAGCAGGAGCAACACCGUUCUCAUGCAGCAUCCAGCUGAGCCGCAACAACUUAUCGUCGUCAUCCGUGACCACACUUUCGAGUUGCGGUCCGUGCAUCGAUGGAACAUCACGCCGCUGGCAAUCUUCGUAUAGCGCAGCACCAACCGCCGCCCCCGCCGCCUCCCCUUCCGCUGGUUUCAACGGCAGCAAGGGAGACAGUUGUGGAAAAGUUGCGGUAACGGGUGUCCAGCAGGGCAGCAUCGCCGUCACCUACAGCCCCGGCUCGGGCGCCACCGGUGACGGACUAGCGCUCCCCACCACCGUCCUUACGGGUCACUGCGACGUCAUCUCAGAGACGCUGUCGAAGGCAGAUGAACUAAUCCAGCAGAAGAAGGCGCAGGAGGCCCUGGGGACAGGAGCGGACAUCCUCACCGCGGAGGGCAUCGACGAGAUGGUGGACGAGUUGAAGGAGAUCACGUCGAGCGAGGUGGAGGUCUUGGUGGGGCAGAUGCGCUCCCCUGCGGUAGUGCAGCAAGCUGGCAUGCAUGAGCUGCGCCGCUCCUUGUACUACGCCACCUCGCUUAAAUCGCGCGACUGGAUUGAGGAGGCGCAGUAUACCGCCUUGAUGCGGGUGCUGACGGUGGAGUUUCUGCGCCGCGACAACGAGGGUGUGCUGGCACCGGACGAUGUGCUGUACGUCACGACCCACAUGAUCGCCGCCAACUUUUACAACCGUCAUUUGUGGAACCGGAUGGAGCGGGCGCUGAUGAUGGGGCGCCAGUAUGAAACGAUCGAUAUGGCCAUGAUUAAGGCGCUCUCGACGAAGCUCUUCAAAACGCGCCGUGGCUGCCCCCGCGAGACCCUCGACGUGCGCCGCAAGAUUCUCAGUGCGAUGGUUCGACGGGUCUCGACGCUGGCGAACGACUUUGACCUCCCGUCGCUGCUGGGUAUUCUGCAGUGCUACACCACGCACGACAUGGCUCCGCAUUCAUUGCAGGGGCUGGCGGUGCGCGCCACGAACCACGUAGGGGAGUUCACGCCACAGGAGUGUGCGACGCUGACGCACGUCCUGCGCAAGUUCCACCUGCUGCGCCUAGAAGUCUGCGAGCGUCUGGUCGAGCGCAUUUGCACUGCAGACGAGCUCAAUCAGCACAUGGUGCAAUCCGCCUUGCAGGCAAUUCGCACGUGCUAUAACCAGGUUAGCGACGCCGGCCGCAACGCGCUACACGCAGAGCCGACGCGGCAGAAGCUGCGUGCCAUGGGCGAGCAAGUCGGAUGUCGCCUACAGGAGGCCAAAUUCCCUGCCAUGGCAGUUAUCCUGCAUGUUCUCGACAUCGUCGUGACGCUACGCAUUUACGUGCCGAAGAAAUCGCUGCAAAGCCUCUUCCUGCAAGCGCAUCAAAUGGUGGUGGUCGUGGUGGAGCAGAAGGAUGACUUGAUUGAUCCAGCGACCGGAAAGCACGUGCGGCCCAUCACGAUGGAGCAAGGACGACAGCUACACGCGUUGCUGCUGCACUACGGCUCCGAUUUGUGCCCUGAGUUGCAGGCGCUGUUGAAGGAGUGCUUCAAGGACGGUCUUCUGCCUGAUGAGGCGUCCCUGUAA